AUGAAAGUGGCCAAGAUUCCACGGCUUGCGCGGCAGUGGUCCAGCACUUCACUCCAAAGGUGGCGGCUGAGAUGUUUCGAACUGCAACUGCACGUCACCAAUGACAUUGUGGCCUCGCCGCCUUUGGGCUUCUGCGAGGUUCUGAUCAAUCCCGCAAACGAGGCCCUCGUGGGCACCCAGCUUCCGUAUUUCCCGAUGCGAGUGGAGCCUCCCCCGGAGCUUCAGAACUCGAGGUGGUGCGGUAUGGAAGCUGGAGAGUCCAUGUUCUAUCCCAUGCAGGUAGUGGAUGGUCAAGUACAUGCGCUGGGUGGGCAUGCCUUGAAGGAGGCAUGCAACCGACUUCCGGAUCGCGCACCUGGAGUGAAGUGCCCGACAGGAGAAGCAGUGGUUACGAGCGUGCGACCAUGUAGCCUUUGCUUGACCUUUCAACUCUGA